UUUUUAAUGGGUAAAAAAUAUAUAUAUAUUUGCAUCUAUUUGCAUAAUUCAUGAGCUAUGACUGUAUUGCACCGCCUCCGCGCGAGAUGUCAACAGUUGUUCAAGAUGGCUGCGCUGCCGCUGGUGAGAAUUGCGCUGCUCAUCGCGUUCUCGGUGUUUCUCACGCUCAUCCUGGGAUUUGGCCUGCCGUCCGCGCUCAACCUCAUCGUUCGCAGCUGCGGCUUCCCGGAGGCGAGCGUUACAGAAUGCAUCGUGCUCAUGUACGGGCUGUUCGUGCUGUACGUGGCCAUGCCUCGACUGCCCCGCGGAACUGUAAAGGUUGAUGGAAAGGCUGUGUUCAUUACUGGCUGUGACAGUGGAUUUGGACAUGCCUUGGCCAAGCACUUGCACAAACUUGGCUUCACUGUGUUUGCAGCCUGUCUUUUUAAGGAUGGAGAAGGUGCAAAAUAUCUGGUGAAUCUUCAUUCUGAAAAGCUGAAGGUUGUACAGAUGGAUGUCUGCAGUGAGGAGCAGGUCUCUCAGGCCCUUCAGUUUGUGACCGCCAACCUAGAAAACCCAGAGAAAGGUCUGUGGGCUGUGGUGAACAAUGCUGGUAUCUCGACAUUUGGUGAGGUGGAGUUCACAACCAUGGACACGUACAAGCAGGUUUCAGAAGUCAACCUGUGGGGCACCAUCAGAGUGACCAAAGCCUUUCUGCCUCUUAUCCGCAGAGCUAGAGGACGCGUUGUAAACGUCACAAGCAUGUAUGGCAGAAUGGGAAAUUCUCUCCGAUCUUCAUACUGUGUCUCCAAAUAUGGCAUAGAGGCGUUUUCCGACUGUCUCAGGUAUGAAAUGAAGGCCUGGGGCGUCAAAGUUUCAGUCAUCGAGCCAGGAAACUUUAUCAUGGCCACGGGCAUCCUCACUCGUGAUAUAGUAAUGUCAACAGCAGAGAAGCUCUGGAAGGAGGCCCCCCCUGGUGUUCAGGAGGACUAUGGAAAAGCUCACUUUGAAAAGUACAUGGCUCUUAUGCGCUCCUACUGCAACAGUGGCCAACGGGAAACUGAGCCCGUUUUAGACGACAUCACAGAUGCCAUCACGUCCAACCAGCCCUACACACGGUACAACCCUAUGGAACCAAACUGGUGGAUUCGCAUGCAAGUCAUGACCCAUCUUCCGGGAGCUAUCGCCGACAGACUGUAUUUCUAAUGAUAUGACAACUCCCUGCCGUCCAAUAUAUUGUUACAGGGUUAAUCAAUGAAUUGUUGUUAUAUGCCUUGCACUGAACUCGACUGAAUCAGUAUAUUGCUUUAAUUUAGCUGUGCUCAGUUUUAAGAAGAAUCACAUAGAUUUUAAAGGAAUAUUCUGGGUUAAAUACAACUUAAGUUCUAUCAAUAGCAUGUGGCAUGCUAUUGAUUACCACAGAAAAUAAUGUUGACUCAUCCCUCAGUCCAACAUAUUUACAGUAAUGCACUUAAAAUGGGAGUCAAGCAGCAGUCUUGGAGACCAAAAGUAGCUACAGUACUAACUUGUCCAUUAACAAGCAACUUUCUCCAAGUAGCGUGACAAAAUGCUAUGUUAUUUUUAAUUUUAUUCUAGCCAGGCGAAAUGAGGCCAUAAUUACAGCUUUUUUCGCCUAAAACAUCCUCCCUGUCUUAUAUAAAGCAUUAGGAAGUCAGAUUCAUUUUAGCGAAUUGGUUUGUUCAGCCAGUUUAUAGAAAUGAACUGCAUUGUUAAAAACAGGUGCAGUGAUUCAUCCCCUGUACUGAAGUCCACGUGCAGCAUUUGUAGCAUCAUUUAUUUUUUUUUCUCCCCAAUUUGGCAUGCCCAAUUCCCAAUGCACUCUAGGUUCUCAUGAUGGGUGUCAAUCCGGGUGGCGAAGGACGAAUCUCAGUUGCCUCCGCAUCUGAGACCGUCAGACCGCACGUGGCUUGUUGAGCGCGUUACCACGGAGACGUAGCGCAUGUGGAGGCUCACGCUAUACUCGGCAUUCACGCACAACUCACCACACACCCCACCAAGAGCGAGAACCACAUUAUGGCGACCACGAGGAGGUUAACCCAACAUGACUCUACCCACCCUAGCAACCUGGCCAACUGGUUGCUUAGGAAGCCUGACUAGAGUCACUCAGCACGCCCUGGAUUCGAACUAGCAUCAUUUUGUUAAAUGUUUAGUUAAAUCUUGUUUGUGGGCACUUGAAUUCUUCAGGAAUUUUUUUUAUUUUUCAUUAUAGCUGUAAAGUUUUAUAAAUGGUCCUUUUGAGGAUUACCAACGUAAUUCUUGGGGAUGGAGCUUAUUGGAUGUAAACAUUGCAUGGUCACAUAUCAAUAAUUUUUAUUUACUUUUAUUUUUGUAUUUCUGUGAUGGUAUUUUUAUAUCAAGAAUGAACGGUUUUACUACUGCAAACGUAAUAACAAAUGUAAAAAAAAAAAAAGAAAAAUAGCAUUUUCACUAGUAGUACUUUCAUUGCUGAUACCAAAAAUUAGAACUUUAACUAGUAAAAAUGUAUUUAUGCAUAUUUAUAUUUCAUAUCCUGUACAUGAUUAAAUGUCAAAAGGGCUGUGAUAAGUGGUAUCCUCACAAAGAUAUCAAACAAAACUAACCUGGUUUAUUUGUUACCAGUUUUUUAGCAGUUGAUUCAAUAUAAUUUUGCACAGUCAAGGUUGGUGAGCGGUUAGCAUGCUAACAUGUAUAAAGUUCAAGUGUUGUGGUUAUACUGUUGAAACUGUGUAAAAGUUGCUUAUUUUAAACAUUAGGCUUCCAUACUAAGAGCAUUACUGUAUAUGCAGUAAGACUAAAUUAUUGUCUGUGGUAAACGACCGCGGGCCACAAAUGCUAUCUAUGAAGCGUAAAUUGUAUUUAACCUGGAAUAUUUUAAAUGUAUGCACUCUGAUUCACUUUAUCAUAUUUAGGCUAAUUAAUUGUUCUUUUUUCAAGUAUUUUGUUUCAACUUAAUCAUGCAGCUAUUUCCAUUGAGAGAUGAUGAAUAACUUGAGGCCUAAAGCCAGAACAGGGUUGACAGGGUUACAGAGUGAGCACACAUUCCCUUUAUGAAAACUUCCACAAGAUUCCGAGUCAUUCUGUUAUUAGAUGUCCACUCAAGGUUUUUUGCUGAAACAUUUUAUUGAAAUGAAUCAUGUCUAGGCAGGAUCCCAAUAGCGCUGUUCAAUUGUGAUGUCAAUUUGUAGGCGAAUCCGGAAGGCUAAUUCGCCAUGGGUUCCCUGUGGAAUUUCCUAUGGGUUUUUAUAAAGGGGUUUUUAAUAAGGUUUGUGGUAAACUUUGCUUAAAGACACUUGGAAGUUUUGUUCUACAGCGAGUAGCUAAAUAAGGACUACAACUACCACAAGCAUGUGAGUGUAUGUGCCUGAUGAAAUGGAAAACCAUUUCCAAAAAAACCCCCCAAAAAAAUAGGGUGGCUUCAAAAUUCACGUUUAGUAUAUGACUGCAUAAUUUAUGUUGUAGAAUAAAACAUCUACGUAUCUUCAAGUAAUGUUUACCACAGACAUUAUGUUACUCAUAAAUCCAAAACUGCAUUACAAAAACCCAUAGGCUCAAAAAUGCUAAUUCUCUUCCAGGGUUUUGGAGUACAAACUGAACAGCUCUAUACAGCGCAACAGUCUGUUUCCGGAAGUAAAAUUUGCAUUCAUUUUUUCCAUAGACUAAUUGAUUUUCAACAAUAACUUAUAAACCUUUAAGGACAGACCUUCCUUGAACUGCGAGGUUGUUCAUCAAUGGUAUACAUGCUUCCGUUGAAGUCAGCAUUUUUUAAACUUAAUUAUUUAAAAAUAGUGUUUGGUAGUGGAAUUCUUAGUAAACAACUACAUUACCCAUGGUCCAGCAGAGAAAGCUUCACCAAUCAGAGAACCACAGCCAACCAAACCCGCAAAACUUGCCUCGGAGCGACCGCCCACUCUAAUGAUGCAGUCGAGUUGGCGUCUCUUCACCCUUAAACUACUUAUCUGUUUGUACAUAUCAGAAUAUUUUGCAAUAAACGUAAAAUAUAUUGUUUC